AUGUUUUUCGUCAUCGAACGGUGGGAGUCCGUUGCCUUGCGGCCUGCGCAACUAGGACCCCAGUAUCUCGCCAGCGUGGAGGCACUCUUACGUCAGCAGGUCGAGGGCAAGUGCCUUCAGAGCGUUGGAUACGUGGUCUGCGUCAUCCGGGUGCUCCAAAAUUUACCUGGCAGAAUCCAAGACUCCACUGGCCUCGUAGUCGUAGCUGCGAAGUAUCAGGCCAUUGUUUUCAAGCCUUUCAAGGAAGAGGUGUUUGUCUCGAGGGCUUCUCUGCCUGCGUCUUACACGUUCCAGGAGGAUGACGCCAUGCCAAGUUUCUCAGAUGGUUCUCUUGCCCUCCGAACGGGGGGAGAGAUUCGCUUGAAGCUUCUGGGUGUUCGAUUCGAGGCCUCGCAGAUUUUCGCGGUUGCUACGACGAACGCAGAUUACUUGGGUCCCUUAGAGCCCCGAGACGCGGUUGCCCCUUAG